UAUACGAAAGACCUUUGCCAUUGAUACUACCCAAAAAUACAUCCCAAAUCCUGGUCUUCUCAUAUCUCAAGACCGACCGCGUUGCAUUGGACGACGUUGCCGGACACAAUAAUGGUAUCGCAGGGGCUACCCCUCAAUCACCAGCCGAACUACCAUGCAGAGCGAAAAGACGAUAUACAGUUGGACGAUCUGCAAUCCGGACACUCUCCAAAUUUCCAAAAUGUACCAGACAAUGAGAAGGAGGAAGAAUAUGACGACAACGAUGAAGACGACAAAUCCAGUGUGCAGGAUUGGGAACUAUUCACACCUGACGAAGAGAAAUCCCUACUCAGGAAGUUGGACACCCGUUUGGUUCUGUUCUUGGCCCUUCUAUACAUGCUGUCGUUUUUGGAUCGAUCAAACAUCGGCAAUGCUAGAGUUGCAGGCAUGUCGAAAAGUCUGAGACUUAGCCCAACCCAGUUUGAAUGGCUGCUUACUGGAUUUUACAUUUCUUACAUCUGUUUCGAAUGGAUGACUUUGUUGUACAAAGUCUUCCCACCACACGCAUAUAUCUCGAUAUGCGUCCUAGCCUGGGGUUGCCUUGCCUCCUUACAAAGUGUAAGCCCGGGAUUUGGAACACUCUUGAUCUUGAGAAUAUUGCUCGGAGUCUCUGAAGCCGCAUUUGGCCCAGGAGUGCCCUUCUAUUUGUCUUUCUUCUACAAAAGAAACGAGCUCGCUUUCCGUACUGGACUGUUCAUUUCAGCAGCACCCCUAGCCAGCAGUUUUGCGAGCACUUUGGCCUUUGCCAUUGUCAAACUCGGUAACCAUACCGUGAUUGACAGUUGGCGGUUAUUGUUCAUCAUUGAAGGGUUUCCAAGUAUACUGGUAGCUGUAUGGGCUUGGUAUAUCAUUCCAGACUCGCCUUCGACUUCUCCAUGGCUCUCGACCAGAGAACGGGAAAUAGCGACACUGCGUUUGCGGAAACAAGAGAGCACUUCUCAAACUCAAGUUUCGGGAAUUGGUCGAAAGAAAAGAUUUGACUGGUCUGCAGUACGCAGAACUCUAUGCGAUCCGAAGAGCUACAUGACUGCGGGCUGCUUCUUCUCACUCAAUGUUGCUUUCUCCUCAAUGCCGGUUUUUGCUCCAAUAAUCAUUCAGAACAUGGGUUACUCGGCCGUCCAAGCACAAGGCUUAGCUGCACCACCACACCUAUUCGCCUUUGUUGUUGUCCUUGUCACCUCAAUCGUCUCUGACCGGUCGCAGUCUCGUUCGAUACCAAUCAUCAUACAUGCACUGUUGGCGAUGGUUGGUUACAUGUUGCUCGCUCUUGCACCCAAGAUGCAUCUGUCAACCACAGCGCAGUACUUGUGUACGUUUCCCAUCACUGCGGGCUUCUUCAGUGCCGUAACGACUGUCAUUGUCUGGACCGUCAACAACCAACAAAGCGAGGAGGGACGUGGCAGCAACGUCGCACUUCUGAACAUUAUUGGUCAGCUUGGUCCUCUUGUCGGGACACGACUUUACCCAGACUCUGAUGCUCCGAGUUAUACGAGAGGACAUGCUAUAUGUGCUGGGUUCAUGGCGUUGGUGGCUUUGUUGGCUACAGUUCUGAGGGUUGUUCUCACCAGGGCAAACGCUGCCUCACGUGCAGCCCGAGUUAUAACGCAAGAUGGUGCUCAUAGACCACUUGUUGCUAGUUCUGCUUCUACAGCGGGCGAUUUCGAGUACAUUCUGUAGUGUCUGCGAACCAAAUGACGUCGGUCACCACAAGUCGUCCAUUUUGGUGUGUGAGGUUUCAACUGCCGUUCGGCGCCUGUAGACAAAGUCUAAAAAAGAGACACGGGUGAUCGACGAGUGAUCCCGGGAGCCAACAAGUGAGGAUCGAGCCAGAUGCGUUACCGAGAAGCAACAAGAUCAGAGAGUCGACCGCCUCAUCGUUUUGCAAUGCAGACCAAUUUUCUCGUCACAAACCCCAAGCCAUCACAGUACCAUAGCUCUGGGACAGUCAAGGUACGAAUAUCUCGGCGCGUGAAGUUCGCUAGGAAAGCAGUAUUGGAUCCAGAGACAUUUUUGUCUAGAUUUAGCAGUUGUGUGUGUUUGAGUCAGAUCCAUGUCCGAGA